AUGAAGACAACGUGGCAGUGCUCAAAGGCAUUAUGGGAAGAUGUAGUGUUGAAGGUGAACAGAGCAGUGGUGUAUGUUGAUGACCCAUGUGCCGAGCUGCUACACUGGCAGGGCGGAAUGGCUCGACUCCUGGAGGCCGGGGCUGUGGAUGUGCGCGAGUUCUCUUCUUUUGAGAAGGCAGAUCCUAAUCAGAAAAAGGCAGUGUUCAUUGUCAGCUCCAUGUUGCGAGACUCUGUGACUCGGGACGUGUUGAAGGAUGUUGUUGAACAAAGCAACUUUCAGUAUGUUGUUGUCAUCUCCACUGUUAGCAGCAAUGUGCUUGCUUUUGACCGCACAGGAAGUGCAGAGGUUGAUGACAAACAUGACUUUGAUGAAAUAGAAGAUCUUCUGCUUCAGUGGAUGGGAAACAUGAAUUACACUGCAGAAAUAUUUCACAUCCCUCUGUUCACUGCCGACAUAUGUCCUGGACUGUUCGUCACGCCAGCUUUCUCUCAAGUGUUCCCGUUACUUGAGACGGACGUACAACAUGUACAGCUACAGUACAACACUGCUCACAAGGUCAAGGGAGACAAGGCAUCGUUUACCUCCCUGUCUGAGAUUGAGUGUCAGUAUCUUCCCAAAGCAUUACAGGUUACUUUCAAGAGGCUUGCUUGCUGCUUCCAUGCCUUGCUGAGUGACCUCGGGGUAAGGGAAGACCUGUACAGCAUGGGUCACACAAGUCGACUACUAGCCACAGAGAUUGAAAACUACCCACCUGCCAAGAUUAGAAGGAAGAAUGUCUCCAACAGAGCUUCAGUCAUCCUGAUUGACCGGACCCUAGACCUUGCAUCCCCUGCUGGCCACCAGCUGGACACUCUACUGGACAAGAUCACCAGCGUCCUGCCAUCACUGCCUCGUCACAAUGCUGAUGUCAUGGUCGACAUGACCCCUCUCUGCUCCAUUGUAAAGGAUGCUAAAAACGUCAUUGUCCCAGGAAGCCUAGCGUCGGGCAGCUUCUCUUCACAACCUAUACAUUUGCAGAAUCUGGUGUUUGGUAAACACAAGGCAAACCAGGACGUCGUGACUGCAGAACAGAUAGACACCACGCUCAGUUUAUUCAAAGGCAACUAUGCUGCCAUUGAGUCUCAUCUAGAUACUCUCCAGGUUGCCAUGGCAACAUCACAGGCUUUGAAACAUCAGGAUACUAGUCGCCAUGACAACCUAUUAAGCACAGAAAAGAAUCUUGUCCAACUUGUUGGAGAUGACAGCUCUGCCGGUGGUCUGUCCCACAUACUGACCUUGCUCAAAGGUCAACUACAGCUUCCAGCCAAUCAGAGGUCCCAUAGUCUGGACGAUGUGUUGAUGGUGCUGACGUUCCUGUACUCGCUGUCAGGAGGAGACUGUGGGGACGAGGAACUGGAAGUGCAGGACCAGCUUGUGGAGGCUAUUUUAGCUGAGAAGUCCGACUUACCCCCGGUGAUACAUUCUAUUGUGGGGGAUGCUGUUAGUGGCAGUAUUGUGAGGGACCUGCUGGAGGAUGUGUGGAGCAAACUGGAGGCUGUGGGGACUGCUCGGGACGACCUCAAGAACUUCCAGUCCAUCCUGGAGCCAUCUACAGCCAUCAGUCCAGCCAGCAUGAAGCCUCUGCUGAAGACAAUAGUGGAACAGAUCUUCAGCCCCGACAAGCCCGAGCUUGUGGAUCUAGAAUUUAAAUCGAGUGGACUCAAAGACUUCUUGAAAUCAGGAUUUGGAUUGUUUAUGAACGUGAGCAAGCCCGGCCCCAGUGACCACCCUUUGCUGCUGGUGUUUGUAGUGGGUGGCGUGACCGCGACAGAGGUCAAGCAGGUCAGAGAUGUGGUGGACAAGAUGAAGCUUGAUAAACAGGUUGUCAUUGGAAGCACAAAACUGUUGCGAGGAACUGAUGUUCUCCAGUCUAUUUUCUGCCAGAACAACGUGGACCCAGAUGCUGUUAUGUAGUCUUGUUGAUGAUCUGUUUUUUUUAUGUAUAGAGGGAAAUGAGGCAAUAAAACCUGUUUUCAUGUG